CCCCUUCCCGAGCGGAUGAUGGAACCCAGGAGUCCUGACUCUGAGUCUGCCCCCUUUCACCUCUCUCCCUGCACUGUCCAGUUCUGCGAUGGGAGAAGCCUGGGGCCUCCCUCCAGGGAGGAUGGAUGGACUCCGAGUGCACUGGUGGAAGCAAUUCCCCCGGACAAGGCCGGCUGCAGGCGCUUGCAGCCAGGGACUGCCUGGGGCUCGCUGGCUCAUGGAUUGAUUAAAUCCUGGAUCUUUCCGCCCCUGGUGACUGAGAAGAAAACCAGGACUUGGAAACCAGCCAGACUCGGCUUCCUGGAAACCACAUGGGGAACUGGAAGUCAGAAGGCACUAAGCAACCAGCUGAGCCCCAGUAGCAGCCCCUUUAAGGACAAUGUGACGUCUGCUGGCAGCGUGCUCCUGACCAUAGCUGGGCUCCGGGAAUGUGGGGAGGAGGACUGGGAAAGUGAAAGCAAGGAUCAGCUCUCCUAUAAAGCUCUCUCAAGAAUGUCCUGGAGCGAUAUCCUGUACCCUAGCAACCCAGAGCGGCGGGAGACGGUGGUGCGGUUACACCAGGAGCUGAUCAACUGCAUAGAGCUCAAUUUUGAUACCACCAACGAGCUGAUUGGAGCCUUAAACGAACACUGUCAUUGCAAGUUGCACCCCAUUAAGAUGAACAUGAAGGGCACCAUCCGGGACAACUGCGACUUGCUCCUCUCAGCCAUCAGGUCCAUCCAAGACAUUCUGCAGGCCAUCGACGCAAGGUUGAAGAGCAACCUGGAGCCAGAUCUCUACCGAAAGCUUCACGAUUUCCAGGAGCCAGAUGCCAAGAAGAUGCAGAUUCUGCGCUCUGUGGCCACGGUGGUGAGUGGGCUCACUGGGACAGUGGCCAUGGGGAUCUUCAUCAAGCUGGCGUUAUCGCAGGUGGUGACCAGAGUCCUGAGCCAAACGACCAUGAUCUUGGCCAAGGUUGGUGCCUCUGUGAUCGGCGCCGUGGCUGGCAUGUUACUGGGCGUGGGUGUCGACCUGAUUCUCAGCGCGAUCCUGGGUGCCAUAGAGAGAGACCAACUGGAAGACAAGAUUCAGGAGCUCAAGGCUCUGGUGAGCGAGUUCAAGCCAGCCUCCAAGGAGUAUAACAAAACCAUCCUGAAGACCAUCUGCAUGCUGUCAUAGCCGGAGGAGAAUCAGCUGCUCAGAUGACUCCAGACCAAGCUGCAAGUUACCAUUUCUUGUAAAAAUAAGGCCGUGGGGAUCAGAUCCCAUCUCGCUUGACGUAGCCCAGCUCCAUUAAAGCAGGAACAAUAAAUGAUAUCUAGCUCUUA